AUGUCCUUGGUCGAUGGAGCAUUUAACUUGCACAAUGCAGCAUCUGCGAGUAUUCCAGCAACAAGCGCCAUUCCUGGCGGCCAACCGCAUGGCCCUGAAUCAGAGGGGUCGGAGCAAGAGACUGCAGGAACAAAUCAAAAGAGUGAUCGAUCAGAGACGAGAAACUCAAAUCGAAAUGGUAAACCAUCAUUUCCGCCGCUCGGGCACGGCGCCAUUCCAGAGCUCAUCCAGCUUCUGCCUGAUCACCAAGCUGCAGCCCUACUUGUGGAUACCUACUUUGACCGAGUCCACUGGUUCAUGCUCAUCUUUCACCAGGACGAUUUCCGACAGCGUUGGCCGGAGGUUUACCUAUCAAACAGGCGUCCGAAAACGGGUGACCUGGGCUUUCUCAGCACUUUUCUGAUGGUGCUUGCCAUCGGACUGCAAUACAUCGGAGAGUAUCGUCGACACCUACUGGUUAACUACGGGAUCGUCCCCGAGGAGCUAAAAGAUGCCAUACUGUCGAGGAUUCGAACAAGGCUUCUUGAUAUAGUCGCGGUUGGCUCAUUAGAGGCCGUUCAGACCUGCGUUCUACUAGGAACAUAUUACUUAUACCACGGAGCACCUAGACUAGCAUGGCCUGUGUGUGGUUGUGGCCUUCGAAUAGCCCAGGCUCUCGGUCUUCACCGGAAGGUAGUCAACACUUCGCAAUUGGCGGAUCCACCUGUGGAGAUGGUAAAACGCAACGAAGCCAGGAAACGAAGCUGGUGGGCGAUCUACGAAAUCGAGACGUUUUGUUCAAUGUCAUAUGGCUACCCUCAUAGUAUUAGGGAUGCCGAUUGCGACGUUGAGCCGCUUGACCCGUCUGCCAAAUCUGAAAUUCGCCAGUCGCCAAAAUCAUUCGACGAUCAGCUCACUGGAGAGGCUACGUUACUAUCCUACAAGUACUACAAGUCGAAAUUGUCCGUGAUCACGAAGAACGCCCUGGCAGAACUUUACGGCGUUGGGCCAAAUUCCCCGGAAAACUCACAAUCGAACAACCCUUCCAAUCCACACGCCCUCAUCAAAAGGGUAUCAGAGUUUGAUCACAAACUGCAAGCAUGGCACCAAGAGAUUCCCGCUAAGCUCAGGUGGAGAGCUGAUCCUGGCAUUGGCGUGAGCUAUUCUUCCCCAGAUGAAUUAGACCGCGACGUCGGCGCAUCUGGCCCUCGUUUCGAAAACCACGUCUACCAGCUCCAAGGACUUGCACUGAAGCUCGCAUACGAAAAUUCAAGAAUCCUUGUCCACCGCCCAGUACUCUCCUUCAAACUGGUGACCAAGCCAGCUGACCAAAACACAAGCGUUGGAACCGGAUCAUCUCAAGCCACCUCAUACCUGUUCUCUACUCAAGCAUGCCACGACGCAGCAAUGCGCAUAUCGGAAACCAUCACCAGCCCAAUCGUGGACAUCGUAUCCGCCACAUACGCCGCCUCGUUCGCUGGGAUCCAUACCUUCACGGCAGGCGUGACACUCGGCAUCUUGAGUAGCAUCGAGCCUCUUACAUCGCGUUCAGGCGAGGCAAAAGUUGGCCUCCACCGGCUGAUGGGAGCUCAACGGAAGCUGAGAAGUCGUUCUGUUCUGGCAGGACAAGGAUUGGAAAUUCUGCAGCGAUUGACGAAGCUCGUCAUGGAGAAGGAACUGCAUGUGAUGCUGGAUUUAUCAAAGCCGGAAGAUUAUCUGCAGGUUAUUCCGGGCGCACAGGACAGCAAUGAUGAUGCUUGUGCUACGUCCAUAUUAAACACAGGAUGCAAUAUUCCAAGUGGCCCCGAUCCGGCCGCAAUACCGGAAGGAGAAUCUGUCGCCUUAGAUGACCCUAUCAACGACAGGUAUUUGGAAUACAUACAGAACCCAGCAUUAACAGAGGCACUGUCCGACUUUGACCAAGCGCUACUAUUCCAAAAUCCGCCGUUUUCCGAGUCCGAUGACGUACUCGGCUCAUCCAUUCAGCUACCCGCCGACGAAGGAUUUCCAAUGCCUGAGCAGACCUGGAUCUGGGGCUGGGAUAAUCUGCCGCCGCAUUUUUAGGAUUGCUUUCUUCCCGUAUAUUAUGAUUUAAGUCCGCAUAGUUUGGCAAUACAAUGGAAGAAACAGCUCUGGAUCAAUC